UUCAGUACCAAGAGCGGUAACCCCAAGCUACACUCGGGCUUACCAUGCGGCGUUGCUCAGGGAGUCCCUGCAGCACUUACCUUAUCCUUCGCUCCUGCGAUGUGUCCCCUGCAGCGUCCCUGGCCAUCUCCUCCGGCUGAUGCCGGCAUCCGGCUUCCGUGUUCCGGUCCCUGUGACGUCGGGACGUACGGACGCCAGAAACCGGUGGCAAAUUUGAAAUUUUUUAAAAAUUUCAUUUUUUUUAAAAUGAUUACACUGUUCAACAGUAAAACAUUGCUGUUUCAAUGCAUUUCACAUACAUUUUGUCCCGAGUGCUUUGUCCUGUGCCCUGCCUGCAUUUUGACUGUUCUUUCUGCCUGGAAACUUAGAAAAGUCCAUGGCGUCCAAAAAGCAUCCCUUUAUGUCAAAAGCGGUUGUAGACCGGCUAGAGAACAGCGAUAGUAAAUCAGAACCACUUGCAGAAUUGAGUGAUAAUGAUUUGUGGGGAAAUUCGUCAUCAGACACUGA